GGAGUAUAGGAGGACUCCGGAUGUUUUUAUGCUGUAUGCAGGGGCGGGUGCAGCGGGAGGGCCCCCCGGGUGUGGGGCACCCCUGGAUAUGUCUGGGUCGGACGUCCUCUCCUGGAGGAGCCGGUGGUUGGAGCUCAAUGAGGUGAGGCAAGCGCCUGGGGCUGCUGACUGGGCGUAUUGGGUGGUGGGGGGCUGAAUGGAGCUGCAGAAGGAAGACCAGACUUCGGAAGGGGGAAAGGUUCACUGUGGAAAAAUGCCCCUCAUCCCAGAUCUCCCCUUUCCCGCAAAUUGUCAGUGCUUGGAGCCACCCCCAGGAGCCAAGAGACUCCCCCCGCCCCCUAUCCCUGAAAGCCCCUGGCAAGUGGGUUACUCCAUUUGUGGGCUUGUCCCCUGCUGUUUUGGCAGGUGCGUUUCCCUUACCCCCUACCCCACCCCCACAUGCAGUCCAGUGAGAAGCAAGCAAGGUUCAACUGUCCCUCUGCCCCUUCUCUCUCCUUGGGGCCAACUGGGAACCCAGUCCAGCCUUCAGUUUCUAGCCCUGGACUGCCCGCAGAGGGGAGAAUCCAUAGUGGUUGGUUCCCGGGAAGCGUUUAGAUGCUUGGACUGUGUGUGUGCGCGUGUGUGUAAAGCAUGCACACGUCUAUGUGGGCGAGGACAUGUGGCUGUGAGUGUGUGCCUCUGAGCAUGUCUGUGCAUCGGUCUGGAGAUAUCCGAGUGUAUCUUCUUACUGCGUGUACAUGGGUCUGUGUGUUUAUGUGUUUUCAUGAGUAUGAGGUGUUUCUGUGUGAUGCAUGAGUCUCUGUGUACAUGGGUGAGGCCGUGACCAUGUAUGUGUGACUGUAUGUGUGUCUAUUGCCUUCCUUAUGUCACUUCACACCCUGGGACCCCGUCACUGCUGAGCUGCCUCACUCCUGUAUCUUGAGUCCUCAGCCUGAGACCACAAAUGCCCUCAGACCUUGGGGGCUGGCCUCAUUUCUGUGCCUGUGUAUGUGUGUUGAGGGUGUCCGCAUCUGGUGUCAGCACUGAGCACCAAGAAGCCCCUCCCCGCCUGGUGGCAGACAGCCACCAGAGGACAGGCUUGAAGCCUGGACCUGUUGCUGCCCCUCCCUGCUCAGAAAGCUCGGGCAUAUGUCUGCGUAUAGGUCUCUACGUGUGGCAUGUCCCACAUGCCACAUUCAAUAUUUUGUACCUGCUGACCAUUUUUCAUACGUUAUUCGUGUAAUUCACUCGCUAACCUAUAAUUUUGUAGUACCCUUCUGGUUUUGCUUCCUUUACGUUCAUCCUAAAUUGCUGCCAGGGUGACCUUUCUAAAAUAUACUUGUGACGAUGUCACUCCUCUGCUUAUUCAAUGCAUCCCUAUUACCUGAAGGAGAAAAUUCAUGUUCUAGCAUAACACUGCUCUUUUUUUUUUUUUUUUUUGGUUUCGUCCUGAUGUUCCAGUAAUAUCUGUCUAUCCCAUUCUGAAUAACCCUGCUCCAGUUUUGCCAUAUUGCACAGGUGUUGUCACUUACUAUAUUAUUUCAUACUUGAUCUUUUUGCUCAUUCUAGAAUGCCCUUCACACCCUCCCUGUGCACUUUGUGUGUCAUUUACGAUACAGCCCUAUCUUCCCAGCAUUUGCUGACCUUCCCAAAUGUAAGUGUUUUCUCCUUUGUGCGUUCACUGUACGUUAUUGACUUCCCUUGCAGAACUAGUGGAUGGUAUUUUCCUGUCCUUACCUGUUUUCAUGCAUCUCUACCGCUACUAGCAUAUAGAACAGACUCUGUCUUUUAUUUAUAUUUCCAGCUCUGCCCCGGAUCGUGGCUAUGACUUGACAGAUACAGUAUGUGCUUGUCUUCCUGAGUGGGUGAGUGUGUGACCAAAUGAAUUAAUGUGAUAUUUUUCUGAAGUUGUGUUUUUGUUUAGUACGGUUUUUCUAGGAAGGAACGGCAAAGUCAGCAAUGGAAGCAAAGGAAAAUGGUGUUGGUGUUACUGAAAAUGUGCCACCAGAACAAACAGUUAAUGACAGUUUGACUUCUGCUGGUGGAGUGCAUAAAAAUUACAGAAGUGAUAUGAUGUCAGCAUUAGAAUUAGGAGAAGAGGAAGAUGUAGAAUCACUUUCUCUUCCUGAGAGUAUGUCUGAGAAUCCCAACAAAUAUGUUCCUCGUUUCUCUGGAGCUGCGGAUCAGAAAGGGCAAAGUAUAUUAUAUGGACAAGUAGAAGGAGCAGAUAAGAACGCUGAGGAAGACUCUAUAACCAGACUUUCCGACAAACCUGGUCCUGAUGAUUCAUGGCCUACAUCGGCUAGCCAAGACUUCAAUUUUGGUACCAAGUGAGAGCAAAACGUGGCACUGUGAAACCAGAAGGUGGAACCUUAACUGAGGACAACAAUCCUGAUUCUGAAAAUAAAGAUAUGGCUGAAACUCUUUCCAAACCACCAGCCAGAGUUUAUGGCGAUCCUCUUCCUGUUUUACCAUCAUCUAAAUCUCUUCUGAAACCUUCUCUCGAGACGUUAGCUGUCCUUGGUCUUGCAAAGGUGAAGCAGAUCAUGGAGGAGGCAGUCACACGGAAGUUCGUCCACGAGGACAGCAGCCGCAUCAUCUCCUUCUGUGCGGCUGUAGAGGCCUGUGUCCUGCAUGGGCUGCGGCGGCGGGCGGCUGGCUUUCUGCGCAGCAACAAGAUUGCAGCUCUCUUCAUGAAAGUGGGCAAGAACUUCCCACCGGCCGAAGAGCUGAGCCGCAAGGUGCAGGACCUGGAACAGCUGAUGGAGAGCGCGCGAAACCAGAUUCAGGGCCUCCAGGAGAAUGUGCGGAAGCUGCCGAAGCUGCCCAGCCUGUCCCCACUUGCCAUCAAGCACCUGUGGAUCCGCACUGCUUUGUUUGAGAAGGUCCUGGACAAAAUUGUGCAUUACCUGGUGGAAAACAGCAGUAAAUACUAUGAGAAGGAAGCCCUCCUGAUGGACCCGGUGGAUGGCCCUAUCCUUGCGUCUUUGUUGGUGGGGCCCUGUGCCCUGGAGUACACCAAGAUGAAGACUGCCGAUGACUUCUGGACUGACCCCUCGGCUGACGAGCUUGUCCAGAGGCACCGCAUCCACAGCUCGCACCUGCGGCAGGACUCACCCACCAAGCGUCCAGCCCUCUGUAUCCAGAAGAGACAUUCAAGUGGCAGCAUGGACGACCGACCAUCCCUUUCUGCCCGUGACUAUGUUGAGUCCCUGCACCAGAACUCCCGGGCCACACUCUUCUAUGGCAAGAACAACGUUCUGGUUCAGCCGAGGGAUGAUAUGGAGGCCGUGCCAGGGUACCUGUCUCUACACCAGACAGCUGACGUCAUGACCUUGAAAUGGACGCCUAACCAGCUGAUGAACGGGUCGAUGGGGGACCUGGACUAUGAGAAGAGCAUCUACUGGGACUAUGCUAUGACCAUCCGCCUGGAGGAGAUUGUAUACCUGCACUGCCACCAGCAAGUGGACAGCGGUGGGACAGUGGUGUUGGUCAGCCAGGACGGGAUCCAGAGGCCGCCGUUUCACUUCCCCAAGGGGGGGCACCUCCUGCAGUUCCUCUCGUGCCUGGAAAAUGGGCUGCUCCCUCACGGGCAGCUGGACCCUCCACUCUGGUCUCAGCGGGGGAAGGGCAAAGUAUUUCCCAAACUGCGCAAGCGAAGCCCUCAGGGUUCUGCCGAGUCCACGUCUUCGGACAAGGAAGAUGACGAGGCCACAGAUUACGUGUUCAGGAUCAUCUAUCCCGGCAUGCAGUCUGAAUUCGGUAAGCUUCCCAGUCUCUGGGCCCCCGAGAUCUAACCUGUUAGCUGAACA